UGAAGGGUAAACACCAGCCCAACACCAUCUGUCACUUUUUUGUUUGAGUGUGGAAGACAGCAGUACUCUACCUCUGCUUUUAUUAAACCGAACUUACAAGAAGAAAAUGGCGAGCAACGACGACGCCUUGUAUACAGUUAGUGACCACAUAUCCUGGGGUGACCGCCAACCAACGGAAGCUGAGUCUCUCAUGGCAUCGGCGCUGCUGAAGAUUCGAUCGGAAUCUACUCCCAGGAACGAGCGACCCUCUGGUAAAAGUCAGAAUGAAGUUCCUGUAUCCGGUCGAUCUACAUCCCAAGAGCCAACAUCGUCGACCCAUUGUCGGACCGCGUCUUUUCCUCCUCCCCUCGCACCCACCCCGAAUCAGCUUUAUGGCAAUUCAAGAUUUGCGAUCUUGCAAGCGCAAAGUUCACAGCAACAGCUCGCUGCCUUGCAAGCUGCUGCAGCCGUUGGUGCAGCUUCGAUUGCCUCGAACCACGCUCUGCGAUUCAAUUUACUGCGUUCGGGUCUCCUGACAUCUCAGCAUCAUCCAGCAGAGACACAAACAAGGUCGCUACCCACUGAUUCUUUGACGGACUCAAGGAGCGACAACUUGUCAUCGACAUCUCAGGAGCUUUCGGUGCGACAGGAAAAGGUCGAAGCCGCUUUGAAAUCGAAACCUCAACGUGGUCGCAAGCGUGAAAAUCUGAGUGAAUUGGAGAGACUCGAGCUAACACGUACACGAAAUCGCGAGCAUGCCAAAAGUACGCGUGUCCGAAAAAAGGCACGGUAUGAGGAGCUCUUAGACAAUGAAAAAUGUUUCUAUGCCUUGCAGGCUAAAGAAGAGCUUGCUCGGCGUCGUCGCCAAUGCAUUAUUGACUUUUCCGCGUUGCGAGCGAGUAUGGCGCGAGAUUCAUUGGUUCCGGCUUUGCCCGCGCAGUCUGCUGACGUACACGUGCAGCAUCUUGCCACUUUGGUAGAAGACGUGACUACCUUCUCUUUUUUUGCGAAAGGUUACUCUGUAGGAGGGCAACACAAUCAUGCCGAUGGACAGAUGAGGGAAUUCGACCGGGAACUGACGAGCCGUGUGGCAGCUAGGUUUGGUGAAGCUGUCUUGCCACUGUUGGUGUAUGAUGUAUCCGGAUCUGGGGACGGAAUUGCUUUGUCUGCUUCAAAUUCUGGGCUCGCGAUGAUAGAAAUUUCUCUAUCUGCUGAGUCUAAGAUACCUCUCAUGUCGGGCUUGCUUAACUUUGAGUUUAUGAAUGAUUCGUCCAAAGUCAGGUCUGUGUAUUGGACAGUUCUGAAGGACUGUAUCGACAAAGAAUGCUUGAGCGCUCAAAGCUCAUACCCCAGCGUGGUCUCCCUCGAACAAGGGCUGCUACUUAACGAUUCAGACAAAAUCAGACCAUCAGACAAGCAGCAGCCCAGGAAAGACGGUGACAAGGAAGAGUUUGUCGACAACCCUGGAAUGAGCAUCUGAUGUGACAGUUACGAUUUCACAUUUCUACAUAGAUGUUUUUAUGUAUGUACACUUACACCAAAUCUGAGCUCUUGGUUUAAAGGCUGGAACAGAUUACUACUAGAAUUUAAAAUUAAUUUAGCCUGAAAUUGAUUAAUGUAUA